AUGUUCAAUCCCAAAGGUGGACCGGAGGUCUUGGAGGACUACGGUCCCUGGAUGAUUGUCACAAGGAAUAGACGGCAACGGCAGGCACGGAAGCCAAAGCUUCAAAAUCCGGGCGAGUUUCCUUCAGCAUCUUCGGCGACCUCACCGGCGGCAUCCCAACAGUCACUUGGAUCAAGAUUCGAAGCUCUGGGAACGGAAGAGGCGGAAAUUACGGUGGAGGAUCAAUCCAGGGAUACCGAAGAUCACGCAACUCUAGAAACUCAACUAAGGAAAGAAACCCCCAAGAUUGAUACAGAGAGCAAUGAAUCUGGAAAGUCCACAACCAUGGAAAGAUCUACUGGGAAAGGAAAGAAAAAUCAGAAAGUUAAUAAGGAAGGAGGAAAAAAGGAAAAAGCCGAACCCAAGAAAAACAGAACGUCAAAGCCCGCGGAGGGGAACAACGGUAUGAAGGCCCAAGACCUGUCUAAAACCCAACUGAAAGACCAGAAUGGGCCAGCUUCCAAGGCCCAAGCGUGCAACACGGAUAAGACAAGUCUUGGACCCGCAUCCGCCCCCAAGUCUAGUGGGGCACAAAUCCUUUUGAUAGCCACGAGAGGAUCCACCAACUCGACUAGUCAAGAAAAGUCCCCAAAAGAGGAUUUCGCGUCGAAUAAGAAAGGGAUAGCGGGGAAACCACUGGCUGGCAGUACUCCCAUAGAGAAGAAAGCCCCCGAUCCACCAGGGGAGCGAAUGAUGACGGUCAGUGAGAGCACAUCGAUGGCAGGAACACUGGCUGCGACCCAGAACCAAGCGAAGAGAACUACGGAGCAACAAAAUUGCAAAGGGCGGAGACCACUGUGGUGGGACCAACCGAGAAAGUGA